GGUGAUUGGCUGCUCAGUGAGCGACAGAGCAACACUCCCUCCCACUCUUCCUCUCUCUCUCUCCCUCACUUUCUCUCUCCAUCUCUCUGUCUCCGUACAGUGGAGAGAUAGCAGCUUCUGCUGGAGAGAGAGGAGCACCUGUCCUACAGGGGUGUGACAGACCCACGGCCAGGGGGAGAGUCAGCCACACGUCCAUGCUGCAUGACUGACGAAGAUGUCAUGGCGUCCAACGUACAGGAGCUCAAAGUUUAGGAACGUAUACGGCAAAGCCGCCAGCCGGGAACAGUGCUUCGAUGGCAUAACCAUCACCAAGAACGUUCAUGAUAACCACUUCUGUGCCGUCAACCCGAAGUUCCUCGCCAUCGUCACAGAAUGUGCAGGAGGAGGGUCCUUCCUGGUCCUCCCCAUUCACAAGGCCGGCCGUAUCGACCCCCACCACCCCAAAGUCUGCGGCCACCAAGGCAGCGUGCUGGAUAUCAAGUGGAACCCCUUCAUCGACAACAUCAUAGCCUCGUGCUCCGAGGACUGCUCUGUGAGGGUCUGGGAGAUCCCAGAGGGGGGGCUGAGGAGGAACCUGUCCGAGGCCGUGUUGGAGCUGUACGGUCACAGCAGAAGAGUAGGACUCAUCGAGUGGCACCCCACCUGCAGCGGCCUGCUGUUCAGCGCCGGCUACGACUUCAAGAUCCUGCUGUGGAACCUGGAGGUGGGUGCGGCGGUGAGGAUGCUGGACUGCCACUCAGACGUGGUGCUGUGCAUGUCCUUCAACACGGACGGCAGCCUGCUGGCCACCAGCUGUAAGGACAAACACCUGCGCAUCAUCGAGCCUCGCUCAGGGAAGGUGCUGCAGGAAGCGGACUGUAAGAGCCACAGAGUGAACAGAGUGGUGUUUCUGGGCAACAUGAAGCGUCUGGUGACGACGGGUGUCUCACGAUGGAACACGAGACAAGUGGCACUCUGGGAUCAGGAGGACUUGUCCGUGCCCAUCGUAGAGGAGGAGAUCGACGGCCUCUCUGGGCUGCUCUUCCCCUUCUACGAUGCUGACACACACAUGCUGUACUUGGCAGGCAAGGGAGACGGCAACAUCCGCUACUACGAAGUGAGCACUGAGAAGCCCUACCUACAGUACCUCAUGGAGUUCAGGUCCCCAACUCCACAGAAGGGACUGGGUGUGAUGCCCAAGCAUGGUCUGGACGUAGCGGCAUGUGAGGUGUUCCGCUUCUACAAGCUGGUGACUCUCAGAGGCUUUGUGGAGCCAGUCUCCAUGAUAGUCCCACGGAGAUCUGAGACAUACCAGGAAGAUCUGUAUCCCAUGACGGCCAGCACAGAGCCGGCGCUCACCGCAGAGGAGUGGCUGAGCGGCACCGACAGAGAGCCAGUGCUGAUGUCCCUGAAGGCAGGCUACAGGAGGCCAGGCCAGGUAGGCUUCAAGGCCCCGGUGAAGGAGAGGAGGAGCGGGCCAGGGAACGGCCUGGAUCUGCUGGACAUGGUGCCGCCCAAAACAGAGAACGAGCUCCUGCACAUGUUCUUCAGACAGCAGGAUGAGAUCAAGAGGCUGAGAGAGGAUCUGGUGCAGAGAGACGUCACCAUCCAGCUGCUGGAGCUGCAGCUCAACAACCUGAGGAACAACAGCUCCUGACCCCUGACCGCCCCCAUCCCCCCUCUGAUCUUCUGCCCUCUCAGGAAGAGACACCGUCUCCCCCCCCCUCCCGCACCGAGCUGUGAAUACUGCCAAACAUCCCCCCCCCUGAUAUCCUACCCCAACACACACCCUUGCCAGUCCUCAGGGUACUCAUAUAGAUCUGGUGGAGUGUAAGUGUGUGAAGGGUUAGGCUGAGGGGACCUGAGGACAGGGUGAAGUUAGGGCCACCUUUGGUGAUCCUCAUUUACGAGUUCCAAAAACAUGCGUUCCCUGUUAGUACAUCUAGGGUCUGCCCUGGUAGCCAAAGCACCCAUGUAGGAUGUGUAGCUGUGAGUAGAAUCCACCCUGACAGUCUAGCUAGGCAAGGGGCCCUCUGGCUAGGAAGCAAGACCGUUUGAUGCAAUAACGCGUAACCUAAAUUGAAGUACCGUACUUGUGUGUCAUCUUGAAGAUAACUUAAUGAGUAACAUAGCAGGUCGGCUGCAGGAGUGUUGCAGCGUUUAAUGUGAUGAAAAUGCUCCAGCAGUGAUCUGUGAACAAGAGGUGAUACGAUGUGAAAACCAAGACUCUAACCCACUAUCUAUCUGGUACUAUUCCUUCUGUACAUGCAGUUGGUUUUCAUGUAUUGUUAAAUGAUCCUCCCAUCAAUACUUUAUUGAAUAUUGUCAAAUGAAAGGCAUCAACUUACCAAGCUGUAUCAGUGACAGCUUGGCUGGUCAUGUGACUUGGCUUUCCGAGGUUAAAGGGACCAUUCAGGGAACGUUUCCUGAAGUCUGAAUGAAAUCUAUCAGAGAUGCCAAGGAUACCUGGGACCCACUCGUGUGUGUUUAAACCUGUUAAUAAAAGUUACAAUACAGUUUAGAAAAAUAUAAAGCAUUCAAGGUCAGAGAAGGUAAAACAUUGAACCCUGGAAAAGACAAUAACAAGAGUAUCUUAUAAUUUGAAAAGAUGUUUGUUAUGUUGAAGAGAGUGCUGUGUACGUGUAGUUUGGAGGAAGUGUAACUGCAGGCUUUAGUACGAACAUGAACAAGUGUUAUCAUGCUACUUAUUGGAGCAUGAAUCUGCAUAUCCCUGCAGCUGUCCCAUUUACUAAUUAAAUUAACUGACACCUAAAAUGUACCAUCAGUGUACUGUCUUCAACAGCUGCAAUGAUUUCCAUUUGUGUGCUUCAACAGUACAUC